GCUACCUUGCAGUUGGACCCCCAUCAAACACACACAUAACGGGUCUGCCCAUCAGCAAUAGUUCAGGAGCUGAGCGAAUCGUACCGCUGUAACUUGUCAACACUGUUCGGUAGAUACUUGCCCAUCUUUUUGGGUUUCUUCUCCUUUCAGACACUCGUUCAAGAAGAAUCAGAGACAAGCAUAUUUAACUCUUUUCAUCAACCUGUUACUAUCUUCAUUGCCCAAACUCCUUGAUAACGAUGGUCGGAGUUCCCGGAAAAUACAAGGGCUGUAAUUCUUGCCGUGUCCGGAGAGUCAAGUGUGACAACGAACGACCGUUCUGUAGGAAGUGUAUCGAUAGUGGUCGCGAGUGUCUUGGUUAUAAACGUGAGACCGUCUUCAUUGUUGGAACCAUCGAGGACGGCGGGCGUUGUUCGUCUCAUCCGCCAAGGGUUAUCAAGUCAAAGAAAGCCAAAGCUUCAACCUCGUCGAGAAGUGGAGAAGAGGAAGAUAGGGAGACUUCGCGGCAAAAGCAUUCAAAACAUCAGAAUCUGGAGCUCUUUCCGGAUCAGCCGCUCCAGUCGGCCUGGGACGACUUGAUCUUGUUGUCGACAAGUUCGGGGACGAAGUACAACGUACAGUUUACGGCUCUGAGUACUCGGCUUCAGAAUGUUGUCCGCGGUAGUGGCGGCAAUAGAGAGGCUACGGGCGAGUUCACUGUGAGCUCGAUGGCGGAUUACGAAGUCUCGAAUAUACAGCUUAACUUCAGUGGCCAGGACUUUAAGCUGAAGUCACAGUGUUUGAUUAGUUUACCGGAAAGCCAGGACAGAGAUCCAUACAUGCCAUCGAUCGGCUCAUGCAUCAUGCUUUACGAGCACAACAACUCGACUCUCUACACGAAUCUCUAUGGCAGCCAGUCACUGAUCAAGGAUUUGGACACUCAGAAUGAUCCUAUUAGACGCGCAGGGCCAGAGAAAUUCCAGACAUUCCCUAACCAUCACUUCUUUGUCCGAGUCUACCGGCCUAAUGCUAUCCUGACCGCGCUGCUCAACCGCACCCCGACUUUUCUCGAAUCUGCAGAAUGGACCUCCACUCCCUGGGAGAAGCACCCCAAGUCCAUCAUUGACCAGCUUUUCGACAUAAUCACCCUCCUACCUCGCAACCUCUGGCGAGCAGACCGAGUCGCCGAAGAAGUGCCCACGCUUGCCCGUCGUCAGCGUGCUCAAGACCUUUUGAUCAACUGUCUCAACAUCGAACGACAACUCAACGCCUGCCUGAUGCAGCUCUACCAAACAAUCGAGCGCGUAUACUGGAGUAUCUUUGAGCCGCUGGACCUUACCAACCUCCCCACCGAAAACCACAUGCACAGCAGUAUCCCGUUACAGGUGCAGGCGCAGAUGCAGCAGAUACAACAGAUGCAGCAGAUACAACAGCUUCCAGUUGAUCUCAUCCCCGACCCGGCGAGGUACGGAAGUAAAGCGGUCAGGGGAUGGGCGGAGAGGGCAUGUAGGAGCUUGGAGUUUGCGUUGAAUAACAACAACAUCAACAACACUGGCAGUGGCGGUGGCGGCGGUGGAGGCGGCGGUGUCGACCCGGAACUGUUGGCUUAUCCUCUUUGUGUGAUAAGGGCGUUUUAUGAGAGUUUGGGGGCUACUCCUACUUGGGAGAACCUCGGUGUUAGCAUGGGUGUGGAUGUGGACAUGAUGGGGGUUGAUGGUAUAGGAAUGGGAAUGGGUACGGGCAUGGACUUGAACAUGGGCAUGAACAUAAACAUUGGGAUGAAUCAUCAGAAUAUGAUGACUGGUGGGAUGGGAAGCAUGCGUUAUUCAUCGGGGAUGGAAAACUUGAAUAUCUUCUCGACGACGCCCACGACGACGACGACGAUGACAGCGGCAAUGAUGAUGCAACAACAACAACAGCAGCAACCUCAAGGACCACCGCCGGACGGCAGACUGGAGGUUAUGUGGUGCGAUCAGUUUAGGGAGAGGUUGAAAGCUAGGGGGGCGGAGAUAUCCAACUCUAUUGUGGGUGAAGGAAAGAAGUGGAGGGAGAUUGCUGCUUUUGGGUAUUGA